UAUCAUUAGAUUAGAUAUCAACUGCUUCCUUGUUUAUGGAAUUGGAAGCUGAUGUUGGAUUUCUGGAUGAAAUCGAUUGGGAUCUUUGGUUAGAGGACGCCUCUAUUUCCAAUGGAUUGGAUCAUGUCUUUCAGUUGCCAAAUCCACCCGUCACGGCGACCGGUUCAACGCCGCUGCCGCCAUCAUCAUCCUCUUCGCCAUCUUCAACGGUGGAGGAGCCUGACCCUCCCUCCAACCCAUCCCCGGAUUUGCUCGGCGCGAUCGAGACCAUUUUGAUGAAAGACGACGAUUUCGACGCCAACAAGGUUCCUUUGGCGGAAUCGGGACCCGCUAACAACGAGUACUACGACCAAUUUUUGGCAGAUAUACUCGUCAACUCGCCUUCCACUGACCGCGAUUCUAACGCUUUCCCCGAUUCCGACAAGGACAAAUUCGACCGCUCGCCGCUCUCAGAUGACGCCGACGACGAUCCUAUCUCCAAGAAAAGGAGAAGGCAGUUGAGAAACAAGGAUGCGGCCGUGAGAUCAAGGGAGAGGAGAAAGAUGUAUGUGAAGGAUCUGGAGAUUAAGAGCAAGUAUUUUGAAGCUGAAUGCAGGAGACUGGGGAAUCUGCUCCAGUGCUGCUACGCGGAGAAUCAUGCUUUACGGUUGAGUUUGCAGAUGAACAACACAUAUCGACAUGGUCAUGGUGGUUUGGCCUCAAAGCAGGAGUCUGCUGUGCUCUUUUUGGAACUCCUGCUGUUGGGUUCCCUGCUUUGGUGCCUGGACAUCAUGUGCCUCCUUGCUCUGCCUCGAACUCUAAUGACCCUGCUGCGACAUCUACAUCCACUGAAAAACGUGGACGUGGACGUGGACGGAAACAAAGCUCUAGGAAGUGUGGGUCAAAGGCCAAGAGGGGGGUCGAGUAAGAUGUUUCAACUCCGAUCUUUUUCUAAAAGUAGGAGAUGCAAAUCGUCAAGGACAAAGAUGAAACAGAGUGGGUUGCCUUGGUUCCUGAGUGUUUACGUGAACUCUACUCUCCCUCCUCUAAUGUUAAUAACUUAAGGUUGCUGGUUCGUUGGUUGGUUUAUUUUAUUUUGGUGUUAUGGUCUUGUUUUGGUUGUAGUUAUUACUAUUUGAGAUGCAGAGGGCCUUUUAUCGAGUAGACUGUAAAACUAGCAUCUAUAAUUAACGGGUUAAACUUUUGAUAUGGGAAUCCUUCAACUAUGCUUUCUUC